ACCCGUCAGCCAACACCAUCACCAUGCCCUUUCACAAGGUGGUCAAGAACAGCGCGUACUUCAGCCGCUUCCAAACGAAGUACAAGCGCAGACGCCAAGGCAAGACCGACUACUAUGCCCGUAAGCGCCUGAUCACCCAGGCCAAGAACAAGUACAACACCCCCAAGUACCGCCUCGUCGUCCGCUUCACCAACCGCGACAUCAUCACCCAGAUUGUCAGCUCAGAAAUUACCGGCGACAAGGUCUUUGCCGCGGCUUACUCUCACGAGCUCCCCGCCUACGGCAUCAAUCAUGGUCUGACCAACUGGGCCGCCGCUUAUGCCACCGGCCUGCUGCUCGCCCGCCGCACGCUGAGCAAGCUCGGCUUGGACAAGGACUUCACCGGCGUUGAGGAGGCCGAUGGCGAGUUUACCCUCACCGAGGCUAUUGAGACCGACGAUGGCGAGCGCCGUCCCUUCAAGGCCUUCCUCGAUGUCGGCCUGACCCGCACCUCCACCGGUGCCCGCGUCUUCGGCGCCAUGAAGGGUGCUUCGGACGGCGGCAUCCUCAUUCCCCACAGCCAGAAGCGUUUCCCCGGCUACGACAUCGAGACCAAGGAGCUCGACGCUGACACCCUAAAGAGCUACAUCUUCGGUGGCCACGUUGCCGAGUACAUGGAGCUCCUGGCCGACGACGACGAGGAGCGCUACAAGAGUCAGUUCCAGAAGUACAUUGAGGACGACAUUGAGGCGGACGGUAUUGAGGACUUGUACUCCGAGGCGCACGCCGCUAUCCGCGAGGAUCCCUGGAAGAAGCACGUCAGCGAUGCCCCCAAGAAGAGCAAGGACGAAUGGAAGGCCGAGUCCAAGAAGCACAGGCCGGUCCGCCUCACCCUCGAAGAGAGGAAGGCGAACGUGCAGACCCGGAUUGCCGCGCUCCGCGAGCAGGAGGACUAAGCGCGUGGUGGAACGGCACAAUAGCACCUUUUCUGGUUGGGAUGAUGAAACGGAGGUCUCGAUACAAAAUGGGAGCUUGUUUCUUUUUGGGUCCGGGUCUUGUAGCAAGACUUGGGUCAAACAUGACGUCUUUACAUGAUACACAUGGCUGGCUCGGGAGUUUUAUGAGGAUUCCGGCAGGUUCAUAGUCAAAAAGGAUGUCGUAAACAACAUGGCGAAUGAUUCCCCUUUGGCUGCUUUCAAAAGAUCAAGACUUUCUGUCAUCUUGGCUCAGGAUUGUCCCACUGAUUAAUUAGCCCGCCCUCUGGCAGUCGGUCAGUCUCUGACAACAGAAACGAGAACCCCGACAGGAUCCGUGUGCUUUCGUACUAAAA